CCCUGCCCUGCCCUGCCGGGCCGCGCGCGCCUCGGCUGCUGGCGGCGGGCGCGGCCACGUGACGCGUUCGCGCGCGCCGCGCGGGCCCCGCGCGGAGGUAGGACGGCGCGGCGGGCGCGCGCGGGCCAUCAGGGGUUCCCUCAUUCACGGUUUGGGCCUGGCAGUCAUAGGAUGGACUGUCGACUCCUCUGCAGGCACUGAAGUGGCUUCAUGAACACCGGCCGUGAGCCGAAGGCCUCGCACAGGUGACGCAUCUGCUCAGAAAAAGGUUUAGAGAAACAUGGAGAUUGAAAGAAUCAUUCAAGACACACUGACACGCUUCAUCCAGUCCCACAUCCCUGCAGCAGAUCUCAGUGGGAUGGAUGAUGUUUUCUUCUCUUAUAUCACGGGUGUCCUGGAAGAGCUGGGCUCACCAGAGUCCUCUGAAGAGACUUUUGACAUGGACACCUUUGUGGAAAUGAUGGAGGCAUAUAUCCCUGGUUUUGCAGAAAUCCACAGUGGGGAUGUCUGUGAAAUGAUGUUCUCCCUCUCAGAAAGGCUUGGUGAAGCUCGCAACAAAGAAAAACUUGGCCAAAAGGCUGUGGAAAGCAGGAGUGAAGCGCCCUCUGAAGACCUCACCGAGGGCCAGGAGCCUGGAGCUGGAGCCUGCAACGGGGAAAGACUGUGCACUCUAACAGAUGGAGCCGGGGCCCAGGAAGGUGCUGACUUGAAGGAUGGGGUGGAGCUGCUACUGGAGAUGUUCCCGGCCUGUACUGUGAGCCAGGCAGAGAAGGCUCUCGCCAUGGCCUUGGGGAACUUGGAAGAGGCAGUGCAGUUAAUUGUGGAGGAGAAGGUGGAAAUUGGCCCAGCAGGUGCAAGUGUGAAGGAACUGGCACGGCCCCGCAGAGCACCCAACCAUGAUGAACUAAAACAGGUCAUCCUACAGAAAUACAUGAUGGUGGAUAGUGCAGAGGAUCAGAAAACACAUCGGCCAGCUCCACCCAAAGAGGCUCCCAAGAAGUUGAUCCGCUAUAUUGAUAACCAGGUGGUGAGUACAAAAGGAGAGAGGUACAAAGACAUCAAGAAGCCUGAGAGUGAGGAGAUGAAGAGAACCUACAUCAGCCUAAAACCAGCCAGGAAGUACAAGUUCCACUGACAGCCAGGUCCUCCUGCUCUUCAGCCCUCCACCUCACUGCCAGGCAUGGCAGGAUGGAUGCAUGGUGCUAGGAAUGAGGCAACUCCACCUGCCACUAACUUGAACUAACCUGGAAGCCAGGACACUGCUUUCAGCUUCCUCAACUAACCUGGCUGAGGAGACUUCUCUCCUUGUGUAGUUAUCCCUCUGCCCCCAGGGGCACACCACAGCGGCUCUCCAGGGCCUGGGCAUUCUCUGCUAUUCCUUGCAUGGGACAUUUUUGGAUCUGAGAUUUGGCAUGUGCUUUUGCAGCAACCUUUUUAACAAGUCUUUGUGCACUGUUGCUUUGAGUGCCAGUAUUAAUAAAGAUGAUGUGAGCCGGUGUGUA